AUUCAUGGUGAUUAUCUUCUUCUAAAGACAACAUAAGAGCAAAAAAAUGGAGGACAAUUAUUUCCGUGAAUUGAAGAAGCAAGCUUAUAUCUUCUUCAAAACUAAUAUCAAGAUGGCUCGUUUGGCUCUUACUGAUGUUACUCCUGCUCAAUUGUUGACAGAGGAAGCUACGAGUGGGAAUCCAGGGCCACCAGAUUCACCCACCAUGAGAGAGAUAACAAAGGCAACUUUUGAAGUUGAUGAUUUCUUCAGAAUUGUGGAGAUUCUUCACAAGAGAUUGGAGAAAUUUGAUGGAAAAGAUUGGAGAGGAAGUUAUAAUGCAUUGAUAUUGUUAGAACAUGUUCUAACACAUGGCCCAAAAAGCUUUGUUGAGGAAUUUGAAGAUGAUAAUAACAAGCAAGUUUUGAUGGAGAUGGAUGGCUUCCACUUUGUUGAUCACAAAGGAUUCGAUUGGGGACAGAGCGUGAGGAAAUUAAGCAGAAGAGUACUUAAGCUUCUGGAAGACGAAGAAUUUCUACAACAAGAAAGAAUUAAAGCUCGAAACCUUACUCGAGGAAUCCAUGGAUUCGGAAACCUCAACCGCCGAUCCUUUCCCGAGUCACGUCCCGGAAGAUUCAAUUACAACAACCACCUAAAUUCUGCUUCCACCGGUCGGAAAAUGGCUCUGUCUCUGACGCCGGCGAUCGAUGAGAAAGAAGAGAAAAUUAGAGAGAAUGCGAAAGGGAAAUUGAAGGAAAAUGGUGGAAAUAUGGAGAUUGAUCAUCCAUUUUCUCCGAUUAAGCAUCGUCGCCUUUCACAAUCUCUUCUACAGAAUACUCCAAUUUAGGGUUAAAUUAAUACUUUGAAAUGUUUAAUUUUUGCAUAAAUUAGAAUUAAUUCCAUACUAAUAUUUACGACUCAAUAUUAUCAUUCACAUUAAUCUAUGAUACAUGCUUUUAUUUAUUUUUAA